AUGCGGAUGUUCCCAUCAAAUAUUAAUCGCAAGCAUUUAACAACUACAAAUUCUAAUAAACACAUAAUUCCUCAAAUUCCACCACAUAAUCCUAAAAAUAACAACUCUAAUAACUUUAAUAAUAAUAAUAAUAAAAAUAAAAAUAAAAAUAACGACUUUAAUAAUUCUAAUAAUUCUAAUAAUUCUAAUAAUUCUAAUAAUUUUAAUAUUAAUAAUAAUAAUAUUAAAAAUAUUAAAAAUAUUAAAAGUAUUAAAUCAUCCGCCAAACCAUCAAUAACAGAAACUACAUCAUCAUCAACCGAAGGAACUACACCGGAAG